CCUGGUAGCUCUCCGCAAUUUACGCAUUUUAUUAUUAAUGUCAUCCUUUUUUCUUAACGUAUUCCGGUCGCCUACUAAAACAAAGUAAAGAUGUAACCAUAAAGCUACGUGUUAAACAUAGAGCUGGUAUUAUAGCGAAGGAAAACGAAGCAACUAGCAGAGUUAGCAUUAGCUCGUAGUAGUGGCCGUUUGCCGACACGUGUUCCAUUCAUUGGACUGUGACAGGACGCCAGUCUCCAUAGAAUAAAUGGUGUAUUAUUUUUAUAUCGGUGGUUUUACCGCACUCGACUGCUCAAACAGAAGAGGCCAACUGUUGGCAGGAAGACCAAAAAGGGAGCUUCAUGGAAGUUCACCUUGGACCUGACCCACCCUGUGGAGGAUGGGAUCCUGGACUCUGCCAACUUUGGUCCCCUUCCCUAGCUCCGAAUAUACUAGGGUUCUCUUCCCUAGUGCGUCACUCUGUUCUCUCCAACAGGAAACCUUCCUCAAAGAGAGGAUUAAGGUCAACGGAAAGACGGGCAACCUGAGUAACGUCGUCCAGGUCGGCCGCAUGAAGAACAGGAUCAACGUCACGUCUGAGAAGCAGUUCUCCAAAAGGUAUCUGAAGUACCUAACGAAGAAGUACCUGAAGAAGAACAACCUCCGGGACUGGCUGAGAGUGGUGGCGUCUGACAAGGAGACGUACGAGCUGCGUUACUUCCAGAUCAGCCAGGACGACGACGAGGAGUCCGAGGCAGACGAGUGAACACAGUUCUGACUGUGUCGGGAGAAUAAAUGUGGAGAAAUAUAA